AUGCCCCUGGCCUUCUGCGGCAGCGAGAACCACUCGGCCGCCUACCGGGUGGACCAGGGCGUCCUCAACAACGGUUGCUUCGUGGACGCGCUCAACGUGGUGCCGCACGUCUUCCUGCUCUUCAUCACCUUCCCCAUUCUCUUCAUCGGAUGGGGCAGUCAGAGCUCCAAAGUGCACAUCCACCACAGCACAUGGCUCCACUUCCCUGGGCACAACCUGCGCUGGAUCCUGACCUUCAUGCUGCUCUUCGUCCUGGUGUGUGAGAUCGCAGAGGGCAUCCUGUCUGAUGGGGUGACCGAGUCCCGCCAUCUCCACCUGUACAUGCCGGCCGGGAUGGCGUUCAUGGCUGCUGUCACCUCUGUGAUCUACUAUCACAACAUCGAGACCUCCAACUUCCCCAGGCUGCUGAUUGCCCUGCUAAUCUACUGGACCUUGGCCUUCAUCACCAAGACUAUCAAGUUUGUCAAGUUCUACGACCACGCCAUCGGCUUCUCGCAGCUGCGCUUCUGCCUCACGGGGCUGCUGGUGAUCCUCUACGGGAUGCUGCUCCUUGUGGAGGUCAACGUCAUCAGGGUGAGGAGAUACAUCUUCUUCAAGAUGCCGAGGGAGGUGAAGCCCCCAGAGGACCUGCAGGACCUGGGGGUGCGCUUCCUGCAGCCCUUCGUGAACCUGCUGUCCAAAGGCACCUACUGGUGGAUGAACGCCUUCAUCAAGACUGCCCACAAGAAGCCCAUUGAUCUCCGAGCCAUUGGGAAGCUGCCCAUUGCCAUGAGGGCCCUCACCAACUACCAGCGGCUCUGCGAGGCCUUUGAUGCCCAGGAGCGGAAGGACAUGCAAAGCACACAGGGUGCCCGGGCCAUCUGGCAGGCCCUCUGCCAUGCCUUCGGGAGGCGCCUGGUCCUCAGCAGCACUUUCCGCAUCUUGGCUGACCUGCUGGGCUUCGCUGGGCCACUGUGCAUCUUUGGAAUCGUGGACCACCUUGGAAAGGAGGAUCGCGUCUUCCAGCCCAAGACACAGUUUCUCGGGGUUUACUUUGUCUCAUCCCAAGAGUUCCUUGCUAAUGCCUACGUCUUAGCCGUGCUUCUGUUCCUUGCCCUCCUACUGCAAAGGACAUUUCUGCAAGCAUCGUACUACGUCGCCGUUGAAACUGGAAUUAACUUGAGAGGAGCCAUACAGACCAAAAUUUACAAUAAAAUUAUGCACCUGUCCACCUCCAACCUAUCCAUGGGGGAAAUGACUGCCGGGCAGAUCUGUAACCUGGUAGCCAUCGACACCAACCAGCUCAUGUGGUUUUUCUUCUUGUGCCCAAACCUCUGGGCUAUGCCAGUACAGAUCAUCGUGGGUGUGAUUCUCCUUUACUACAUCCUUGGAAUCAGUGCCUUAAUUGGAGCAGCUGUCAUCAUUCUGCUGGCUCCAGUCCAGUAUUUUGUGGCCACCAAGCUCUCCCAGGCCCAGCGGAGCACACUGGAGUAUUCCAACGAGAGGCUGAAGCAGACCAACGAGAUGCUCCGUGGCAUCAAACUGCUCAAGCUGUACGCCUGGGAGAACAUCUUCCGCACGCGGGUGGAGAUGACCCGCAAGAAGGAGAUGACCAGCCUCAGGGCCUUCGCCGUCUACACCUCCAUCUCCAUUUUCAUGAACACGGCCAUCCCCAUCGCAGCCGUCCUCAUCGUAAGUGGAUCCUUUCUUCGUCUCCCGACCUUCGUGGGCCACGUCAGCUUCUUCAAAGAGGCCGACUUCUCCCCUUCGGUAGCCUUUGCCUCCCUCUCCCUCUUCCACAUCCUGGUGACGCCACUGUUCCUGCUGUCCAGUGUGGUCCGGUCCACAGUCAAAGCUCUGGUCAGCGUGCAGAAGCUGAGCGAGUUCCUGUCCAGUGCAGAGAUCCGCGAGGAGCAGUGUGCUCCCCGGGAGCCCGAGCCCCGGGGCCAGGCCAGCAAGUACCAGGCGGUGCCCCUCAAGGUUGUGAAUCGCAAGCGUCCAGCCUGGGAGGAUUGUCGGGGCAUCAUGGGCCCGCUGCAGAGCCUGACCCCCAGUGCAGAUGGGGGUGCUGACAACUGCUGUGUCCAGAUCAUUGGAGGCUUCUUCACGUGGACCCCAGAUGGAAUCCCCACACUGUCCAACAUCACCAUCUGCGUCCCCCGAGGCCAGCUGACCAUGAUCGUGGGGCAGGUGGGCUGCGGCAAGUCCUCGCUCCUCCUAGCCACCCUGGGGGAGAUGCAGAAGGUCUCGGGGGGCGUCUUCUGGAACAGCAGCCUUCCUGACAGCGAGACGGGAGAGGACCCCAGCCCAGAGCGGGAGACGGCAACCGACUCGGAUAUCAGGAAGAGAGGCCCCGUGGCCUAUGCUUCUCAGAAACCAUGGCUGCUAAAUGCCACCGUGGAGGAGAACAUCACCUUUGAGAGUCCCUUCAACAAACAACGGUACAAGAUGGUCAUCGAAGCCUGCUCCCUGCAGCCAGACAUCGACAUCCUGCCCCAUGGAGACCAGACCCAGAUUGGGGAACGGGGCAUCAACCUGUCCGGUGGUCAGCGCCAGCGCAUCAGCGUGGCCCGAGCCCUCUACCAGCACACUAAUGUCGUCUUCUUGGAUGACCCCUUCUCAGCUCUGGAUGUCCAUCUGAGUGACCACCUGAUGCAGGCUGGGAUCCUUGAGCUGCUGCGAGAUGAUAAGCGGACAGUGGUCCUAGUGACGCACAAGCUACAGUACCUGCCGCAUGCAGACUGGCCCUUUCAGUGUAUGGAAACAGCUCUCCUAUCCUUGGGGAUAACCAGACAGCUUGACCAGGAUGCUCUAAUUUGCUCUGCAAACCCUCCUAUCAACCACGGGGCAACCAUUGAGAAUACCCGCCCCCCUCCAGAGGUACCAGACUCUAAAUCCUGGAGUGUGUUGCUGAGGGCAGUGGGCAAGCUGGAGGCCGUUUGUGGUGGGGAAGAGAUAGGUGCUCUGUGUACAUCCAUCUUAGACCUCUCGGUCAGGCAGGGGUGUGACCUCCUCUCUUCCUCCCCAGCCAGCCCCCCGCCAGGUUUGUUUCUGUCUUUCCAGAUCAUCGCCAUGAAGGAUGGCACCAUCCAGAAAGAGGGCACGCUCAAGGACUUCCAGAGGUCUGAGUGCCAGCUCUUUGAGCACUGGAAGACCCUCAUGAACCGGCAGGACCAAGAGCUGGAGAAGGAGACCAUUGUGGAGCGAAAAGCCGCAGAGCCACCCCAGGGCCUGCCCCGGGCCAUGUCCUCGAGAGAUGGCCUCCUGCAGGAUGAGGAAGAAGAGGAAGAGGAGGUGGCCGAGAGUGGGGAGGAGGACAACUUGUCGUCGGUGCUGCACCAGCGCGCCAAGAUCCCGUGGCGGGCCUGCACCAAGUACCUGUCCUCGGCCGGCAUGCUGCUUCUCUCACUGCUCGUCUUCUCCCAGCUGCUCAAGCACAUGGUCUUGGUGGCCAUUGACUACUGGCUGGCCAAGUGGACUGACAGCGCCCUGAUCCUGAGCCCCAUGUCCAGGAACUGCUCCCUCAGCCAGGCCCAGGAGUGCUCCCUCGACCAGACCGUCUACGCCAUGGUGUUCACAGUGCUCUGCAGCCUGGGCAUCGUGCUGUGCCUUGUCACAUCCAUCACAGUGGAGUGGACAGGGCUGAAGGUGGCCAAGAGGUUGCACUGCAGCCUGCUAAACCAGAUCAUCCUGGCUCCCAUGAGGUUUUUCGAGACCACACCCCUUGGAAGCAUCCUGAACAGGUUCUCAUCCGAUUGUAACACCAUCGACCAGCACAUCCCGUCCACGCUGGAGUGCCUGAGCCGCUCCACCCUGCUCUGUGUCUCAGCUCUGGCCGUCAUCUCCUAUGUCACACCUGUGUUCCUCGUGGCCCUCCUGCCCCUGGCUGUCGUGUGCUACUUCAUCCAGAAGUACUUCCGGGUGGCAUCCAGGGACCUGCAGCAGCUGGACGACACCACCCAGCUCCCGCUGCUCUCGCACUUUGCCGAAACCGUGGAAGGUCUCACCACCAUCCGGGCCUUCAGGUACGAGGCCCGGUUCCAGCAGAAGCUCCUUGAAUACACGGACUCCAACAACAUCGCCUCCCUCUUCCUGACGGCCGCCAACAGGUGGCUCGAAGUUCGCAUGGAGUACAUUGGUGCAUGUGUGGUCCUCAUCGCGGCCGUGACCUCCAUCUCCAACUCCCUGCACAGGGAGCUCUCUGCCGGCCUGGUGGGACUGGGCCUUACCUACGCCUUAAUGGUGUCCAACUACCUCAAUUGGAUGGUGAGGAACCUGGCGGACAUGGAGCUCCAGCUGGGGGCCGUGAAACGCAUCCAUGGGCUCCUGAAAACUGAAGCAGAGCGCUACGAGGGGCUGCUGGCACCAUCGCUGAUCCCGAAGAACUGGCCAGACCAAGGGAAAAUCCAGAUCCAGAACCUGAGUGUGCGCUACGACAGCUCCCUGAAGCCAGUGCUGAAGCACGUCAACGCCCUCAUCUCCCCAGGACAGAAGAUUGGGAUCUGCGGCCGCACAGGCAGUGGGAAGUCCUCCUUCUCUCUAGCCUUCUUCCGCAUGGUGGACAUGUUCGAAGGGCGUAUCAUCAUCGAUGGCAUCGACAUCGCCAAACUGCCGCUGCACACCCUGCGCUCACGCCUCUCCAUCAUCCUGCAGGACCCCGUCCUCUUCAGCGGCACCAUCCGAUUUAACCUGGACCCGGAGAAGAAGUGCUCUGACAGCACACUGUGGGAGGCCCUGGAGAUAGCCCAGUUGAAGCUGGUGGUGAAGGCGCUGCCAGGAGGCCUCGAUGCCAUCAUCACGGAAGGCGGGGAAAACUUCAGCCAGGGCCAGAGGCAGCUGUUCUGCUUGGCCCGGGCCUUUGUGAGGAAGACCAGCAUCUUCAUCAUGGAUGAAGCCACGGCUUCCAUCGACAUGGCCACGGAAAACAUCCUCCAGAAGGUGGUGAUGACGGCCUUCGCAGACCGCACUGUGGUCACCAUAGCGCACCGCGUGCACACCAUCCUGAGUGCAGACCUGGUGAUCGUCCUGAAGCGCGGCGCCAUCCUUGAGUUCGACAAGCCAGAGAAGCUGCUCAGCCAGAAGGACAGCGUCUUCGCCUCUUUUGUCCGUGCAGACAAGUGACCUACCAGAGCCCAAGUGCCAUCCCAUGCCCCACCCUGCCCCCACCUCCCGCCUGGGUUCUCUAACUGUAAAAUCACUUGUAAAUAAAGAGACUGGUUAUUUCC